AUGGGCCUCGGCCUGGAGGCUUUGGGCAUCUCCGCCGACGACAUGACGCCGGCGGAGGCCGCCGAGCUGUCGCGCCUGCUCAAGCAGGUGAAGCAGCUCGAGGCCGCCGCGGCGGAGAAGGACUCCGGCGGGCGGCCCGGGAGCCGGAACGGGGCCCGGGCGCGGCAGCAGAAGGGCGGCGGCGCGAUCCCGGCGCUGAUCACGUCCGCGUCGGCCAAGGAGGCCGCGGCCGCGUCGCCGAGCCGCGCGCGGAGCCCGGCCAAGGCGACGACGCGGCCCGCGUACCCGAGCGUGCGCAUCGGCCAGUCCGCGCGGGCCUACGCCGAGCGGCAGCGCCUCGCCCGGGCCGGCGAGGCCCAGCGCGCCGAGCACGGCGACGGCGACGACUUCGGCGGCAAGCGCGCGGCGCCGCCCGAGCCGCCGAAGCGGCCCGACGUCGUCACGCGCGUGGUCCUCUGGCCCGAGUACGCGACGCUGGCCGACGGCGACGUCGCCGUCCACGUCGAGCGCCACUACCGGCCGGCGCCGGCGGGCCGCGGGCGGCCCGCGCAGCCCCGGUGGAAGGUGCUCGCCGCGUCGGAGCGCGCGCGGCGGCGCCUCGACCUCCGGCUCGACGCGCUGCGCAAGUGCGGGCCGCGGGACCUGCUGGGCCGCGUGCGGGUCCACGUGCGCGGCGAGCGGGGGCCCGACGCGGCGCCGGCGGUGCGGUCCGCGAAGCUCCGGCUCCUGAGCGACACGGUCGUCGUCGAAGAGCCGCGGUACCCGCCCGCGCCGCCGCCGCGGCGGAAGCGACACGGCGGCGGCGGCCGGGGCCGGGGCGGCGGCCCCGCGCCGGCCGACGACGGCGACGCGGACGGGCGCGACGGCCAGUCGAACCUGGAGAUCGCGGGCUUCUCCGUGCAGGUCGCCGCGCACGCGCGCGGCGCUUUAUACAUGGACACGCUCCACUCGACGGUCGCGAAGCGGUCCAUCGAGAAGACGGCGCCCCACGUCGCCCAGCGGCCCCUGGGCACGUCGGAUUUGGUCGAGGGGCUCAUGGGCUGGCUCACGCACCUGGGCAUGCCCGUCGACGCGUGCGGCGCCGAACAGCUCUCCGAGUACGAGGCCGACGCGCUCGCGUCCUACAAGCGCGUCGAGGAGGCGGAGGUGGGGCACCUCGUGGCGCUCUUGAUCGGCACGGCGGCGAACGACGUGACCUUUGGCGCUUUGGUGUCCGCGCUCAAGGUCGCGGCCGCGGCCGCGGCCGCGAACGCCGCGGACGCCGCGGACGGCGGCGACUCGCUGGCGUCCGACGACCUGGACCGCGAGAACAUCGCGGGCUUCGGCGCGUCGGCCUACCGGGACCUGAAGCGCCACGUCGUCCAGGCCGCGCACGCGCGGGGCGCGCGCGCGUUCGCGCAGCACAAGCCCCUCGAGCAGCAGACGAUCAUGCGCAUCGCGACGCUCGUCGACGACCACGGCAUCGACCUCCAGGAGGUGUUCCUCGACACGCCCGUGCGCGUCGGCGUCGUCCGCGGCGACGUGCGCAUCUCCUUCGCCGAGCUCCGGCGGGGGCUCUGGCGCCUGCUGUCCUGCCUCCCGCCCGCGUGA